AUGGAUCUGGUGAAUCAGGUUACGGCCGGUGAAGCUGCUGGGGUCAAAGAUCCGGUUACUGAAGUGGUGCAUUUGUCUGAUGUGAACUUGGAAGCUCUCCUGGAGGACAUGGAGACGGAGUGCUCGCCCGAGACAUUGCUGGGUGUCUCAAAUGGAUCACCCGAGAAAUCAUCUGCGAAAAAUUAUUUGUGGUGCGCAAAGAAGAGCUCGAGCUCUCUUCAGUACCAAUCGACUAAAACAAACUCAAAGAUAAAUAAAUCGUCUUUUAGUAAUUCGGACAGCGAUAUUGACUCGACCUGUGGAAUGGUGAACAUCCACAACGACAGCAGGUUCAACAUGUGCGAAAACCCCUCAGAUCUUUGGUUCGGGCUAAAAAUGUCAGACGGAACUCCCGUCGUCAUUAACUCCCGCAACAAAAAUUUCAGGAACCCAGGAGGACCACGAAAGCAUUCAUAUCGUAACAAACAAAGACCAAGGUCCUUCAGAGGUCCCAUCGACUACUCCUCUGGUUUCUUAUCAAUCUCCAAAUACAUUGGCGUUUCCACUUCCAGAAGUGAGGUGUACUACUCCGGGUCGUCAGUGCGACGUCAGAAUCUCGAUUUGAGUCCUAACAUUAGGCCAAGUCACAGGAGCAAGGGCUUUUUAAGGAGGCCCAACGGUCCGAGGUACAACUCGAAGCUUCGCCAAGAUUACUUACCCAACAACAAUUCUUUCUUAGAUAAUUUAAAUUAG